AUGCAGGCAACUACGCCUGUCGAUCCCCGCGUGUUAGAUGCUAUGCUCCCGUACUACCACGGCCGCUUUGGGAAUCCUCACAGCCGAAGUCACUCCUAUGGUUGGGAUGCCGAAGAAGCAAUCGAAAAGUCUUUUUCUUUCGUUUGCUCCUGGAUGUCCAAGCUGUUUGAGGAGAUUUUCUUCACCUCAGGAGCAACAGAGUCGAACAACAUGGCAAUCAAAGGAGUUGCGGAGUUUUACGAAGGGUCUGGAAAGAAGCACAUUGUCACGACUCAGACUGAGCACAAGUGUGUCCUGGCCAGUUGCCGCCGCCUCGAAGUCGACAAGGGUUGGAGUGUGACCUAUCUUCCUGUCGACAAGUAUGGGCUCGUGAACCUGCAGGAGCUGGAAGAUGCCAUUCGAGACGACACUGCCUUGGUCUCAGUGAUGCACAUCAACAAUGAGAUUGGCACCAUGCAGCCAGUGGAAGAGAUUGGACGUAUUUGUGCCAAGAAGCAGGUGUUUUUUCACACAGAUGCGGCUCAGAGUGUUGGCAAGGUGCCAGUGGAUGUCAAGCACGUUGGUGCAGCUUUGAUGUCUAUCUCAGCUCACAAGAUGUACGGCCCAAAAGGGGUUGGCGCUUUGUAUGUUCGACGAAAGCCAAGAGUUCGCCUGCGCCCGGUCAUUGACGGUGGGGGUCAGGAGCGUGGCAUGCGCAGCGGCACAUUGGCCACUCCUCCCAUCGUCGGUUUUGGAGCAGCAGCCGAGGUUUGCAUGCAAGAGAUGGACAAUGACACCAGGCAUGUACAGAAGCUGUAUAAGCGCAUGCAUGACAAAAUCACUGAAGAGUUGCCGCAGAUCACUUUGAAUGGAUCACCUUCGCAGAGGUGGCCUGGCAAUGUGAACUUGUCGUUCGCCUGCGUGGAGGGUGAAAGCCUCCUCAUGUCACUUGCCAAGACUACUGCAGUGUCCAGUGGCUCUGCUUGCACCAGCGCAUCACUUGAGCCGUCCUACGUCCUGCGAGCCAUUGGAGUGUCCGAGGACCUCGCGCACACGUCGCUGCGCUUUGGCAUUGGCCGCUUUACCACUGAGGCGGAAGUGGACAACACCGUGAAUGAUGUCGUGAGGGAGGCAGUCUGGUUUAGUGCGGGUGUCACGUAUCGCAUGCUGCAGUGCGCCUUGCUGUUGACAGGUGAGAAGACUCCGAGAGAUGAGCCCCCCUUUGGGAACUCGAGCUUGAGGCCUUUGUGUUGA